AUGAGCGGAGGAGGGUCUCCUGAAGACCUAGAUGACUGUGAAUUUGACAAGUUUCAGAAGCUUCCUUAUCUCUCUACAGUCAUGAAAUCGUGGAAGUCUUUCUACCGCAACCAGGAAAUGGUUGAUAUCACUUUACUUGUUGGUGGCAAGAUAGAAUUCAAAGCUCACAAAGUGGUGCUGUGUGCACACAGUGACGUCUUAAAGAAAAUGCUGACUAGUCCAAUGAAGGAAGCUCAAGAGAAUACAAUCGAGUUUCCUGAAGCUGAUGAAACAGCAUUCAGAGCACUUCUUGAGUUUUUCUACACAGGAAACGUUCCAGUCGACAAAUCCUUUAUACGUCAACUCAUAGAGCUUUGUGAUUAUCUUCAAGUUCUAGAUCUUAAACAACAUUGUUGCAAAUGGCUGCACGAAAAUCUGGUAGUAGAAGAUGCAUGUGAAUAUCAUGCAUUUUCCUCCAAGCCUUCAGCUGACGAGCAGCUCUAUAAGAAUUGUUUCCAAUGGAUUGAAGAUCACGCCGCUUUAGUUGUUUGCACAGAUGGUUUUGCAAAGCACAUGACGGCAAAAGAAGUAGAAAAAAUUGCUGCUAGUGAUGACCUGAAUCUUGAUGAAAUCCAGCUGUUUGAGGGAAUCAAGUGA